AUGAGAAAGGUGGGACGAUGCUUGAAGUGGCGGAGCUUGUGGAACAAUGCGGAACUGAGUUCUGCUGGGAAGUUGGGGGAGGAGGAGGAAGAGGCAGCUGCGGUUGUAGGUCAAGGUGCUGCUGCAGGCGGUGGAGCAACUGCUGGAGCUGGAGGAGGAGGUGCCAGAGCUGCUGCUGGUGCUGCUGUUGCUGCGGUUGCUGCUGCUGCUGCUGCUGCUGCUGCUGCUGUUGCUGCGGAGGAGGAGGAGGAGGAGGAGGAGGAGGAGGAGGAGGAGGAGGAGGAGGAGGAGGAGGAGGAGGAGGAGGAGGAGGAGGAGGAGGAGGAGGAGGAGGAGGAGGAGGAGGAGGAGGAGGCUGAGGUAGAGAGAAGGGUUGACUCGGGGCAUGGUGUGCGGUAUGUGCUGUCAGGUGUGCGGUAUGUGCUGUCAGGUGUGCGGUAUGUGCUGUCAGGUGUGCGGUAUGUGCUGUCAGGUGUGCGGUAUGUGCUGUCAGGUGUGCGGUAUGUGCUGUCAGGUGUGCGGUAUGUGCUGUCAGGUGUGCGGUACGUGCUGUCAGGUGUGCGGUAUGUGCUGUCAGGGAGGUGGGCAGGGGGCGGACGAGGGGAGGGGGACAUUGAGCGGGGAAGGAGGGCGUGCAACGAGUGCGCGGACGGGGAGAGUGUGGACGACCGGAGCGCGGACGAGCAGGGCGUGCAGCCGAACAGGGCGCGCGGACGGCCAGGGUCUGAGUCACCUGUUUCAUUCCCUCCGCUCUACCUCAAUCGUCCCCCCCACCACCGCCCCUCCUCGCCCUGCCCACCUCACCAGAGUGCUGAUAGUGGAUUUGGACGCACAUCAGGUCUGAGUCACCUGUUUCAUUCCCUCCGCUCUACCUCAAUCGUCCCCCCCACCACCGCCCCUCCUCGCCCUGCCCACCUCACCAGAGUGCUGAUAGUGGAUUUGGACGCACAUCAGGGCAACGGGCAUGAGACCGACUGGAUGGGCGAUGCCGAUGUGUUCAUAGUGGAUGUGUACAAUGCGGCCAUCUUUCCACGGGAUCAUCAAGCCAAGGAGGCCAUUCGCAUUGCCAAGGAGCUCAGAAGUGGCACAGGCACAACACAGUACCUGGACGCUGUGACGCAGGCUUUGCAGGAGGUGGCAGCAGCAGCCUUCCACGCGGAUCUGCUCAUCUACAACGCCGGCACCGACAUUCUCGCCAACGACCCUCUCGGUAGACUUGCGGUGACAGCGGAGGGAGUGCAGAGGCGGGAUGAGAUGGUCUUCCAGUUCGCCAGGAGCCACUCCACACCCAUCCUCAUGCUCACCUCCGGGGGGUACCAGCCCAAUAACGCGCGCAUCGUAGCCGACUCACUCGCCAACCUCUCAGCCAAGCAGCUGCUGCCGCUUCAAGGCCCACCUGCUGCCUCGUGA